AUGAGUGCUCUUAGCCUGUCCCCGUCGCCCAGUAUCCUUGCUGGAGGCGACGGUCGGCCUUGCAUGCGACGCACUGGCUACACCUGCACCUUUUGA